AUGACCCAUGAAACUUACCCACGAAGCCCUUUUCGAGAUAUAGGACAACAGCCUCAUACGCCACAUACUCCAGACCACAGCGAUAAAUAUGACCAGCUUAACUCUGAAGAUUUUGUACGUACCAGUCAACUAGGCUACGCUUCGCCUUAUUCUCAACUUGAAGUGGCCUACAAACCACUCAUCAUUGUUGGGUCACGUCACCGUGCUAUCACCCUCGGUCGUGGCGGUGCUGCUACUGUAAAAAUCGGCAAACGCAACCGCCAAAUUAGUCGCAUUCAUGUAUCCAUCGAAUACCAGGAAGAAAACGAUGCCUUCCAGUUACGCGUCCUUGGACUCAACGGUAUCACCGUCGACAAUAAAUCUUAUGCUCAACAUCAAUAUGCUCCUCUGGUCGAUAACUCGCUUAUCGACGUCUUGGGCGAAUUAGUUACCUUCAGAGUUCCUGUGCGUCCUCUGCGUCUUUUAGAAGAAAUUGACAAAGCCCAGACCGCCAAACAACAACCUGACAUGACCGAAUGGUCUGAUUUCGGUAUCGAUAAACCCAUGAUGGUCAAAGAAGAACCGGCUGCCUUGGAUUCACCAGCACAGGAACCUCCUAUCGAAAAAGGAGACCCUCUUGCGGAUACCUUGGACGAACAAGCUUUAGCCCCCGUGGAUGAAGUCAUGCCAUCCCAUCAAACACAAGUCAAACAAGAACAGCCCAACCUAACCUCUCAACCUGAACGACAUCUGCAACCACAGCAGGAGCGGGAACAGGAACCUGAGGAAUAUGGCUCUGAACCCGUAGCAGAAACAAUUCAAACAACGAUCAUGGAAAAGGAGGAGGAACCAGCGGUGGAAGAUCAUGUCCAAGUGAACGAAAAGAGCAUGGAUGUUGUCAAUGCCGAUAGUAUUCCAUUUGAUAUGUCGGAUUUGAUGCCUGAAUACAGUGAACCAUUGACGCCUUCUGAAGAGGUCUUGUCAUCACAGUUGGAAUCCGCCAUGGACGAUGAACCGGCCGAGUCUGAUGUGAAAGAAGAAGAUAUCUCCAUCGGUGGCGACAACGAAACAUCAGCAGAAACACAAGUAAAGACAGAAGAAGAAAGUCAAGUCAAAUCCGAGGAAAUCGAUGUGUGUGAUUAUACACAAGUCAUCAUUGAUGCACUAGUAUUUUCGCGAACUUCGUCCAUGCCCGUCAGUGAUAUUUGCUCGCGUAUUUUGACGGCGAAUCCAUCGUUUAAAGAAUCUCGACAAGUGUGGAAUGCACGCAUCUCCAAAGUGUUGAAAGAGACACCAUUUUUCGGCGAAAUUGUACGCAAGGGCAAGACCGCCGAUGGCUCGCCUAAAGAGAACCUGUAUUAUUACAACAGUGAACGGGAUCCCGUGGAAUGGCGAAGAGCAACGUACACACAAAUCGGACGCAGUGCGCGUAAAUGCACUUUACAAGAUAAACAGUACUUUUGGAAGAUUCCUCCAAAGUUGGGCCGUCAUCGCCACGCUUAUGUUCCCCCACCUGCUAAAGUUCAAGGCGAAAAACGAUCCAAACCAUCCACCACUUUUGACGAUCCUAAUAAGAAACAGAAAACAGAAACUGAUAGCUAA